AUGCAGUCUGUUGGGGAGAUGCAAUCGAUGGCGACCAAUUUCUUCGCCGCCUACGCGUCCAUGGCGGCCACCAUCAUGCUCUUCCGCUCGAUCGCCAACGACGUCAUCCCGGAGCCCGUCCGCUCCUUCUUCCACGCCACCUUCGGCCCUUUCCUCAAGCGCCUCCUCGACCGGCUAUUCCACUUCAGAAAGCCCAAGCUCAUGACACUAGUCGUCGACGAGCAGUCCGGCAUCCUCCCCAACCAAAUCUACGAGGCCGCCGAGAUCUACCUCCGUACGAGGAUCAACCCGGACACCGACCGCCUGCGGGUCAACAAGACCGCCAAGCAGAAGACCAUCACGUUCGGCAUCGUCCGGGACCAAGUGGUUGCCGACAGCUUCCGAGGCUUCGAUCUGACGUGGCAGUUCGUCCUCGUCGAACCGGACGGAGACCGACGGAAAUACCAGCCGGAGAAGCGCUACUUCGAGCUGACUUUCGAGAGGUCGAAUAAGGAGGCGGUGGUCGAGGAGUACUUGCCGCUAGUGCUGUCGCGGGCGAAGGAGAUCAGGGAGAAGGACCGGGCGGUGAAGCUGUACACGAGGGACUGUCCCUUCAGCGACAACGACGACGACGGUGGGGGAGGGAACGGGUACUGGGGGUGCGUCAACCUGGACCACCCGGCCACGUUCGAGAAGCUGGCCAUGGAUCCGGAUCUGAAGCGGGCGGUGAUCGAGGACCUGGACCGACUUUCUUUGACCUCCCUUGACGUGGCAUUGUUCUUGUUGCUGACAUGGCUGAGAGACACUUUGUCUUCUUGUGAAGUGCUCACUUAA